CAUAUAAUACCUCGCUCCACGUGGAUUGUUUUCCUACUGUGCAUCUAAGUAGAAUAGGGUAUACAAUAACUACAGAUUAAUCAACGCAACUCGCACACGUAUCGAUCGCUACUACCCCUUCACUCUGGAAAAUCUGAAACUCUGUCUCUUAAGCUAACUAUACUUCUUGGAAAAAAAAAGUUAGAAAAAUGCGCAAGCGCUGAGAAUGACUUGAUGUUUCCUCCAUGGCGAUAUUAUCGCUCAAUAGUUCGCCGACAUUCCAAUCACUAUGUCGUAUUCCUUCCAUGUGUCCUCUAUGCGCAACAUCGCGUAUCAACAGGACAACGAAUACAGUAUUCAAUUGAAUCGCUGGUUUCUAAAACCAAUCGGUGCUUGGCCAGGGACCAACAUUGGUAUCGCCGGUAAGGUGUUAUCGCGUGGUAUCCAAUUUGUUUGUCAUUCUCUGAUCGCCUUCACGGUGGUACCGUGUGCGUUAUACAUUAUAUUUGAGCCGGAUGUGCAUCUAAAGUUGAAGGCAUUCGGUCCGAUGAUACACUGGCUGAUGGGCGGCGCGAACUAUUGUUCAUUACUGAUGCGUAGCUACAAGAUACGCAAGUGCGUGGACCAUAUGCGUGCCGAUUGGCAAUACGUGGGAACAGUCCGCGAUCGCGAGGUGAUGCUGCAAAACGCAAAAUUUGGUCGAUUUGUGUCUGCCUUUUGCGCGGUCUUCAUGCAAGGCGGUGUCUGUUCCUACAGUAUCAUUACCACUCUGACACCGGCGAACAUUCGGAUCGGGAACGUCACGAUAACUAUGCACCAGCUUCCGUGUCCGUUCUACACGGAACUGGUGGACACUAGAUACAGUCCAGCAAACGAGAUUGUGAUCGUCCUACAAUUGUUGUCAACUGUCAUAGUAAACUCUGUCACGGUGGGCGCGUGCAGUCUCGCUGCGGUCUUCGCCAUGCAUGCCUGUGGCCAGCUGAGCAUUCUGAUGAUAAGAUUGGACGAACUUGUCGACGAAACAGAAAGCGAACAUAAGGUCACGCGACGAAAAUUGGCUAUCAUCGUGGAGCAACAUCUCCGUGUACUGAGUUUUGUAUCGCAGAUAGAAACGAUUAUGCAUCAGAUAUGUCUCGUUGAAUUAUUGGGGUGUACUACCGAUAUGUGCAUGCUCGGCUAUUAUACGAUUACGUGUCAAAAAAUAGGAGAAAUGGCAUACAUGACAGAGUGGUACCGAUUACAUCAUAAAAUUGCGAUCGAUCUAAUUCUAAUAAUUUCAAGAUCAAAUGCCGUUAUUAAAAUAACCGCCGGAAAAAUGAUUCAGCUAUCUAUUGCAACUUUUGGAGAUGUCAUGAAAACAUCAUUUGCGUAUUUAAAUAUACUCAGAACAGUAGCGACAUAACAAAAUGUAGAUGUAUAUGACAUAAGAGCUCCAGACAAA